AUUGAAACACUUUUUUGCUACCAUCGGUAGGAAAUGCUACGGAUGGUAGCAUAAACGGAUAGUUUUUUGGUUAUUUAAACCGGGAGUUAGUGUUUUCUUUCAUUAUCCACUGUAAUAUUUAAUUAUCGAAUGUACCCUUAUUAUUAUUUGUUUGUAGCGCCGAACAACUAUCCUUACAAAAGGGCCAGUUGUUAGUAGUUCGUAAGAAAGCCGACAGCGGAUGGUGGGAGGGGGAGUUGCAGGCUAAGGGCAGGAACAGACAGGUCGGCUGGUUCCCCGCCAGCUAUGUCAAGGUGUUGCAGUCUACAGGACGUACAUCCGGCAGAACCACGCCGGUUCUGUCCAAGAUGGACACUCUUCCGGCGGAAACUGUCAUCGACAAGGUGAUAGCUUUGUAUCCUUACGCCGCUCAAAACGCCGACGAGUUGAGCUUCGAGAAGGAUGACAUCAUAGCGGUCACAGAUCGUAGCCAAGACCCCGCCUGGUGGCAAGGUGAACUGCGCGGCAUGACCGGUUUAUUCCCAAGCAACUACGUCACAAAACUAGUCAACUAAACGGUUAACAGUUAUAAGCAUAACGUUAUUUUGACAAAACUGUUUAUUUAAUAAACACGAAUUACCUUACUAUGUAUUUAAUAAUAGUGCAUAAUCUAAUCAGCAAAAUCUCAGAUCAAAGAAAUGUCUUGCUUAAUUUUAUUAUUUAUUACUUUUGUCUUAACUUCAAGUAAAUAGAAUCUAUAUCCAGUGAUUGGAUAUACAUUUUUGGUAUAAAUUUUGCAUUAAAAAUAAUAAUAGAAAGAAUAUAGUGGAUAAGACAUCCUAUUGUAUAUUGUCUUAUGUUGGUGAUUAUAUGAAUGCUACUCAAUAAAAAUCGAAAGGAAGUUUUCGUAACUAUUAAAAUUAAUUUACCUUUCUUCUAAUUUAAUCAAUUGCUCCUAAAUUAAAUUUUUAUAAGUUCCGAAAAAUAUCAUAAUAAAUUCCGAACGAAUGUCCGUAAUAAUAUAUUCAGAUCAAUAAAAUAUACCUAUUUCGAUCAUUGUUUAUAACUCUUUGAACAAGUAAACAAUAUUUAAUAAACAUGCUAAAUGUUUAAAUUUAAAAUAGAAUUAUAUAAAAAAUAAACUAUUAAUAAAAAAAAAGGGGAUGGAAUAAUUUUUUAUUUUUAUUUUUUCGAACCCACGACCUUCGCAAUCCGAGAGACUGCUCUAACCACUCCGCUACCCGGGACCUAACAGGAUUGACAAUUUUUUUAAGCACUUGUUACUUCUUGAAAGAAAUAUUUUAGAUUUUUUCAAAUAUUAAAAUAAGUUUGAUACUUUUUAAAUUUAAUCAGAAUUAAAAAGUUUUGUUGUAUUUUAAUCAUUCCAAAAAUUGUUAAAACAUGCUUUUAUAGUACAAAUAGUGUUGCCAGCUUAAUUUCUUGUCUAAUUAAGUGUUGCCAUUGUUAUAAUUAUAGAAUCGUUUUAUUCGUCUAGAUGGCGGAAUGUAAUCAUGUACCUAAUAGUUUUAGAAU